AUUGUAACACUAUACCGCACGUCUCUAUGGAAACCUGUACCGAUUAGUCCCGUACGUGUAUCGACGCAUCGCUAAUAUUUCACGUCGAAACUACGAGACUGGCGGAAGCUUGAGCGAUGGAGGAGAAGUUGAUAGAGGGACAGAAAUUACUAGACGAUUCGUCGUCGGUUGAUAAACGAAUAACGGAGGAGGAGUUCCAGAAUUUUAUGCAUCGCGUUACCGAAGUCGAAAAAAUCGUGAAGAAGCUGGCGUCGGAGGACCCCGAGGAACAAAAAUGCGGUCAGAUCCUGGCGGACGAAAUUUUGGAUCGAAAGUAUGAGACCGUUAUUACCGAAGACUGCGAGCUCAGAGUCAAAUCUAACCGCACAGUGAUCAAUAAGUACGUUGAAAAUGAAACCAAAAACGGAGAACAAAUGUCGCAAGAAGCGUUUAUGAAAAGCAUGGAAAAAGACGCGAAAGAGAGAUCGGAGAACAGAAAGAUAAGGUACGAGAGGGCGGAAACGUUGAAGAGAAUCGGAAACGGGGCGUUCAAGGAAGGAAAUUACGAGAAAGCUGUGACUUAUUACUCGAAAGCGAUAGAGCAGCGAAAGGAUUCGUCCGUGUUAUGGAACAACAGAGCUCUAGCUUACAUGAAUUUAGGAUUGUACAAGAAAGCUUUGUCGGACUGCGAGUGGGCGUUAAAGGUUCACGACGCUAACAUAAAAGCUCUUUUGAACAUCGCGAAGUGUUACAAGCACCUUGAAGACGAGGUCAACUACAAAGAAUACAUUCGAUUAGCCAGAGAGAGAAAUCCACGCUUCAACAAAUUUAUUGACGAGUUCGAGGAGAACAUGGACACAGGCAUCGAUCAGCAGGGCUGAUCCGACGAGAACGGCUUUGGACGUGUUUUAUGCGAACGAACAGAAAUAUUUCCCAUGUACUCUGUAUAUUCCAUUUUGUAACGAUCUGAAAUGCAUUUAACCGAUAUCAA